GGCCAUAAGUAUGGGAUCAUUUUAAAAAGGGCUUUGGCUUUGUAUCCUUCCCUAACACACACACACACACACACACACACACACAUACACACACGCAUACACACACACAUACACACACACACACACCGAGUGUACGCCCCGUACACAUCUAGUACACACCCGUACACACCUCGUACACAUCUAGUACAUACUCAUACAUACCCAGUACAAUCCCGUACAUAUCCAGUACACAUACCGUACACAACUCCGCGCAUACUCAGUACGUAUCCCGUGCACACCCAGUGCACAGCCCACUACACACUCCGUACACGCACAGUACAUCCUCGGUACACACCCAAUACAUAUCCCGUACACAUUUCUGAUGAUGAAUGU